AUGGCGACGGCGGCCGGCGUGGAGAGGACGAGAGGGAGGCUUACCCGCCGGCGCGCGGGGAGCUACUGCUGCGCGCGGACGACGGCGACGGCGAUGGCGUGGUGCGGCGUGGCGACGACGACGGACGGCGGCGACGACGUGCUAGAAGUACCAUACAUAAAUAUCAUCACCAUGGGUGGCUUCGAGAAGGCCAAGCCUUACAUCGCCAUGAUCUGCCUGCAGUUCGGCUACGCCGGCAUGAACGUGAUCACCAAGGUCUCACUCAACGGCGGCAUGAGCCACUACGUGCUCGUCGUCUACCGCCACGCCUUCGCCACCGUCUCCAUAGCGCCAUUUGCCCUGCUUCUCGAGAGGAAGGUGCGGCCGAAGAUGACGUGGUCGUCCUUCCUCCAGAUCUUCGUACUGGCACUCCUCGGGCCAGUGAUUGAUCAGAACUUCUACUACGUCGGCCUCAAGUACACUGGCCCGACCUUCGCAUGCGCCAUGAGCAACAUCCUUCCUGCCAUGACCUUCGUGAUGGCCUGUAUCUUCAGGAUGGAGAAGGUGGACCUGCGGAAGGUGAGGUGCCAGGCGAAGGUGGCCGGGACGGUGGUGACGGUGGCCGGCGCGAUGCUGAUGACGCUCUACAAGGGCCCGCUGAUGCAGAUGGGAUUGACGGGACACGCUCACGGCCACGGCGGCGAGGCCCCGGUGGCCGCCGUCGACCCCACGGGCAGGGAGUGGUUCCUGGGCUCCCUCUUCGUCAUCAUCGCCACCCUCGCCUGGGCAUCGCUCUUCAUCCUCCAGGCGCACACCCUGAAGCAGUACUCCGCGCCGCUCUCCCUCACCACGCUCAUCUGCUUCGUCGGCACCCUCCAGGCCAUCGUCGUCACCUUCGCCAUGGAGCACCGCCCCUCCGUCUGGACCAUCGGCUUCGACAUGAACCUCCUCGCCGCCGCAUACGCCGGAAUCGUGACGUCGAGCAUAGCAUACUACGUGCAAGGCCUGGUGAUCCAGAAGACAGGGCCGGUGUUCGCGUCGGCGUUCAGCCCGCUGAUGAUGAUCGUGGUGGCUGUGAUGGGCUCCUUCAUCCUCGCCGAGAAGAUAUUCCUCGGAGGCGUCCUCGGCUCCGUCCUCAUCGUCAUCGGCCUCUACUCCGUGCUCUGGGGAAAGCACAAGGAGACCCAGGAGGAGUCGGCGGCUCUGCGGGAGGCGCUGCCCAUGGCCAUGGCCCCCAGCUCUAACGGGGACGCCAAGGAGGUCGACGCAGCAGUACAGGGACACGAUCCGGAGUGCGAGAAAGCCAACAGGUCAGUCCGGUCAUCCUCCAACGGACACGGAGCUAGUGUUGUCUGA